UAUAUAUUAGCGAAUGAGAAUGAGCGUUUAGAGCUGGAAUCUCCGGCUCCGGCCAUGGCGGUGAGGGAGAACCACCAUCGUCAUUACCAAGCGAAGCAAGUUCCUCUUUUCCCCUUACUCUCUCUUAUCUGCUUCCUUUCCAUUCUUCUCGCUCUCUCAGCUUUCCGUAAAACCUCGGCCCCUCUACAACCGCAUCAGAGCAUCCAAUUCAACAAUGGCGAUAGAUCCGGGAGAUCGAAGGCGGCUAGGGACGGCUCGUGCGAUUAUUCCGAUGGAAGUUGGUAUUACGAUCCGAAUUUGAGAACCUCCAGGUACGACCACACCUGCAAAGAGAUUUUCAAAGGCUGGAACUGCUAUGCGGCGAACAAGUCCAAUGCUCUCCAAAUCAUCAAUUGGCAUUGGAAGCCGAAGCAAUGUGAUCUUCCGCAUUUUGAUCCGGUUUCCUUCCUUGAGAAGUUCAAAAAUACUAACAUCGGAUUUGUUGGCGACUCCUUAAAUAGGAACAUGUUUGUUUCACUUUUUUGUUCUCUGAAACGUGUGCCGGGUGAAGUGAAAAAGUGGCGUCCUGCUGGUGCUGAUCGAGGUUUUUCAUUUCUGAAGUACAAUCUUACUAUUACAUAUCAUAGAACAAAUAUUCUGGCGCGAUAUGCUUCGUGGUCACCUAAUGUUGAUGGUGGAGAAUUGGAAUCUCUUGGAUAUAAAGAAGGUUACAGAGUUGAUGUUGACAUUCCAGAAAGUUCAUGGAUAGAGGCUCCAAACUUCCAUGAUAUUUUAGUUUUCAACACAGGACACUGGUGGUGGGCACCUUCAAAAUUUGACCCUGUAAAAUCACCAAUGCUUUUCUUCGAAAAGGGUCAGCCUAUCAUCCCUCCAGUACCUCCUGAUGUUGGCUUGGACAAGGUUCUGCAACAUAUGAUACCAUACGUUGAGAAAAGAAUGCCACCCGGUGCAAUCAAAUUCUUCCGCACGCAAUCACCUAGACAUUUUGAAGGAGGUGACUGGUACCAAGGUGGUUCUUGCCAGCGGCAGCAGCCUCUAUCUCCACAGCAGGCUGAGGAUCUGUUCUCGCUGAGCAAUAACAGAACCAAUGUCGAGGUUCGUCUCGUAAAUGAGCACCUCCUCAAGGCCCUUAAUGGAACCAGUUUCCAUAUUUUGAACAUAACUCCCAUGAGUGAGUUGAGAGCUGAUGCACAUCCUGCCUCAGCUGGUGGAAAGAAGCACGACGACUGUAUGCAUUGGUGCUUGCCGGGACUCACCGAUACAUGGAACGACUUGUUCAUACAGCAUCUAUACAACAUUAGAAGUUAGUAUAAUUUAUCCUUAACACCCUGAAAUUGCAUUGCUUUUUUACCUGUUAAAAGUGCUCUUGGAUCAUAUUUAUUGGUAGAAUUGAAGAGAAGGAUUAAUAUUCUCAACUUGGUUAUCAGGUUUGAAAUUUUCAA